GUAACAUUUAAAAUAUAUAAAAAACACAAUAUAUUAAGCCUAAAUAAAAAAUCCCAGGAUUUUUAUAAAAAAAACGUUGAUUAAAAGUUAAAACAUUUUGAAGCCAACAUGUCUGUUAGGGAUCAAAUAAAAAUUGAUAUAGAAUGGGGCCACGAACGUUUGGUGCGUGCCCAACAAGUGGUGGAAAUGCGUCCCUAUGACAUAGACUCUUGGUCCACAUUGUUGCGUGAGGCUCAGACACGACCCGUCAACGAGGUGCGCACUUUAUAUGAAUCUUUGGUUAAUGUAUUUCCCACCACGGCGCGUUAUUGGAAGAUUUAUAUAGAGCAGGAAAUGAAGGGGCGUAAUUUUGAAAGAGUGGAAAAGCUGUUUCAACGUUCGUUGGUGAAAAUUUUAAAUAUUGAUUUGUGGAAAUUGUAUUUGACCUAUGUUAAGGAAACCAAGGCGGGUUUGAGUACACACAAGGAAAAACUGGCCCAGGCUUAUGACUUUGCUUUGGAGAAGAUAGGCAUGGAUUUGCAUUCCUUUUCUAUAUGGCAGGAUUAUAUAUCCUUUUUGCGCAGUGUGGAGGCAGUGGGCAGUUAUGCAGAAAAUCAAAAGAUAACCGCUGUAAGAAGAGUGUACCAAAAGGCGGUCAUUACACCUAUUGUAGGCAUAGAAAUACUAUGGAAAGAUUAUAUAGCAUUUGAGCAUAAUAUCAAUCCCAUAAUAUCGGAAAAAAUGAGCUUGGAAAGAUCAAAAGACUACAUGAAUGCCAGAAGAGUGGCCAAGGAAUUGGAGAAUAUAACCAAGGGUCUCAAUCGCAAUUUACCCGCCAUACCACCCACUUUAGCCAAAGAGGAAGUUAAACAGGUGGAACUGUGGAAAAAAUUCAUUGCUUUUGAAAAAUCCAAUCCCUUAAGAACCGAGGACACGGCUUUAAUAACCCGUCGUGUUAUGUUUGCCACUGAACAGUGUUUACUAGUGCUGACCCAUCAUCCGGCUGUUUGGCAUCAAGCAGCACAAUUUUUAGAUCAAAGCUCUAAAGCUUUGGCUGACAAAGGAGACACUCAAGCUGCCAAAAUCUUUGGCGAUGAAUGUGCCAACAUUUUGGAACGCUCCAUUAAUGGUGUUCUCAACAAGAAUUCUUUGCUGUAUUUUGCUUUCGCCGAUUUCGAGGAGGGACGCAUGAAAUAUGAUAAAGUACAUGCCAUGUACAAUAAGUUUUUAUCCAUACCGGAUAUAGAUCCUACACUGGCCUAUGUCCAAUACAUGAAAUUUGCCCGCCGUGCCGAGGGCAUCAAAUCAGCCCGAGCCAUUUUCAAGAAAGCCCGCGAAGACAUACGUUCUCGUUAUCAUGUCUUUGUGGCAGCCGCCCUCAUGGAAUACUACUGUUCCAAGGAUAAAGAUAUAGCAUUUCGUAUAUUCGAAUUGGGUCUAAAACGUUUUGGAGGCAGUCCGGAAUAUGUCAUGUGUUACAUUGACUAUUUGUCUCAUCUCAAUGAGGACAACAAUACCCGAGUAUUAUUUGAACGAGUAUUAUCAUCGGGUGGUUUAACUCCUCAACUUAGUGUAAAUGUAUGGAAUAGAUUUUUGGAAUUUGUAUCGAAUAUAGGAGAUUUGUCUAGUAUUGUGAAAGUGGAGAGGAGAAGAAGUGCGGUAUUGGAAAAUCUUAAAGAAUAUGAGGGCAAAGAGACCGCCCAGCUGGUAGAUCGUUAUAAGUUUUUGGAUUUGUAUCCUUGUACCACAGUGGAAUUAAGAUCUAUAGGUUAUACAGAGAAUGUGGGCAUAACCACCAAUAAACUUCCUAAUGGUUCGGGGGCCCCAGGAGCCCCUGCUGUUAAGGAGGAACCAGAGACAGAGCCCGCAGCCCAACUGCCUAAGCCGGAUUUUGGCCAAUAUAUACCCUUUAAACCCAAAGCGAAUGCUUAUCCUGGAGCCCAUCCCUUGGCGGGUGGCACAUUUCCUCAACCUCCAGCUUUGGCAGCCUUGUGUGCCGCUUUGCCACCACCUGUAUGCUUUAGAGGACCCUUUGUUUCCAUUGAAAUGUUGUUUGAUAUAUUUAAUCGCAUUAAACUGACAGAUGCUGCCCCUCUACCCUCCGGCGAUCCUGGUUGCGAUAUAAAAAUCUUUGAUUUGGCCAAAUCUGUGCACUGGAUUGUGGACGAAAGCUCUUUGGCGGGCGAUACUUCGGGAGGCUCAGGCGUUAAACGUCGACGCUUACUGCCGGGUGGCGAUGAUAGUGAUGAAGAAGCUCCCGCCCCUGCCCCACCAGCAAAUGAUAUCUAUCGUUUAAGGCAACAGAAACGUUUUUCCAAAUGAUUUUAAUUCUUUAAAUCACAUUAAUGUAACGUAGGUUUUUGUUUAUGCUUUUGGUACAUAUAUAUAUAUAAAAUAUUCCUUUUUUGAUUUUUAAAAAUAUAAAUUAAGAAUAUUUUUUAACAAAAAUUUUACCUUUUUAAAUAUUACAAUACAAAAUUUGGUAAAACUAAUAAGUAUUUUUAAACGGAAAAAUAAAAUACAUUUAAAUUAUAACACAAACAAAA